GGGGCCGAGAGCCGCGGCGGCGGGGGACGCGACUCUAAGUCCCCACGCUGGAGCUGGAGCGCAGCUCUGCGCAGAUAGGGGCGCGGAGCGCUCUGAGAACCCUACUUUCUCGUGAGCCCGAGCCCGGCAAAUGGGCGAAUGAGGAAGGAGAGCAGGGACAUGGACUGCUAUCUGCGUCGCCUCAAACAGGAGCUGAUAUCCAUGAAGGAGCUGGGGGAUGGCUUACAGGAUCAGAUGAACUGCAUGAUGGGCGCACUUCAAGAACUGAAGCUCCUACAAGUGCAGACAGCAUUGGAACAGCUGGAGAUCUCUGGAGGCACGCCCACCUUCAGCUGCCCUGAGAGCUCACAGGAACAGCCUGAGUGCCCUCACUGGCAGGGUAGUGGAGGUCCUGCUGGGCCUGCUGCCUGUCCCUCCUCCAGCCAACCAUCUUUUGACAGCAGCCCCAAGUUUCCAUGCCGUAGGAGUGUCUGUGGGAAGGAGCUGGCUGUCCUUCCCAAGACCCAGCUGCUGGAACACCAGAGCUGUACCCAACAGGGGACAGAGUGGGUGGAGCCAGAUGACUGGACCUCCACAUUGAUGUCACGAGGCAGAAAUCGGCAGCCUUUGGUGUUGGGGGACAAUGUUUUCGCAGACCUGGUGGGCAACUGGCUAGAUUUACCAGAACUGGAAAAGGGUGGGGAGAAAGGUGAGACUGGGGGAUCCAGUGAGCCCAAAGGAGAAAAAGGCCAGUCCAGAGAUCUGGGUCGUAAGUUUGCCCUUACUGCAAACAUUUUUAGGAAGUUCUUGCGUAGUGUGCGGCCUGACCGAGACCGGCUGCUUAAGGAGAAGCCAGGCUGGAUGACACCCAUGGCCUCUGAGUCACGAGCAGGACGCUCGAAGAAAGUCAAGAAGAGGAGCCUUUCUAAGGGCUCAGGACGGUUCCCUUUCUCAAGCACAGGAGAGCCCAGACAUAUUGAAACCCCUGCCACAAGCAGCCCCAAGGCCUUAGAACCCUCCUGUAGGGGCUUUGACAUGAACACAGCUGUUUGGGUCUGAAUUUGAGAGAUGCUCUCUGAACCUAAAAUGCAGACUCGUGAGGGCCUUGGGGGAGAGGGAGGGCAGAUGGCAUGGUCUUCAGGCCAGAUGCAAGUUCCCAUCCUCAAAAGAAAGAAAGCAAGCAGAAUUCUUAGGCCUCGGUAGAACAGUGGAGAGAGGCUGUCACAGGCCAGGCUGAGCUGAGUCCUGGGAGAGUAUGUGUGUAUUUGUGUGUAUUUGUGUGUGUGUGUGUGUGUGUGUGUGUGUGUGGUGUUGUGUUUUUUUUUUUGUUUGGUUUUUGUUUGUUUGUUUGUUUGAGGCUGGAUGUGACAAUAGUUGGGAGAGGCAGGAAAGGAGUCCAGGACAAGCCUAUGAUAUUCCUCCAUUACCUUCCCAAGAUCUUAUUUGAACAUUCUAUAUGGAAAGGGGAAUUGAGCCCUCAGGUUUCCCAGAGGAACUCCCAAUAAAGACCUGUCUCAGGGACCACCAACUAUUUUAAUGGUCUGCUUCCCUCCAAGGCACUGCUACAGACAAGGGUUUGAUUGUUUUUAAAGGGUUGGUAUCUCAGAAUGGAGCACCAGAAAGAGGAAAAUCCCUACUCACAGCCCUUCCGAGGACCAAGAUUCAGUCCAUAGCUGGAUGCUGACGACCCAGAAAAAAGCAGAAUGAUUUGUGUGUGUGUGUGUGUGUGUGUGUGUGUGUGUGUGUGUGUGGUGAGGAAGCCUGAGAUGCUCCCAGAUCUACAAAGUGCAUAGGAGAAGCAAUGUGCCUUUACCCAGGUGUUGUCUCAUGAGUCCAAGUAGGCAUGCCCAACCAGCAUGACAGUCCAUAAAGCAGCAAUCUCUGAGAACACACUGGGCUGCCAGGAGGCAAACAAGUCAGGCCAAUCUCAUGGUUAUCAAUGGACCCUAGAGUCACACACUGCCCGAGCCAGCAGUGAGAGCCCAUCCUGACCCCCUGUCACCUGCCUUAAUGCUCCUGCAGGGCAGCAGAUGGUUGGGACGAACUCAGAAAUAAUACCCACACAUUUAGAAAAAUUCUUAGUCUACAUCUCAUAGUCAGUCAGUGAACUGGACACAUCUAUUCUCAUCACCCUGGAAAUCAACACGAGACCCUCAGGGUGGGGUUAAUGUCAGGCACUUCGUAUAAUGAGCAGACAUGCAAGCCUGGGUCCAUAGAGGAUCCAUCUCAGCCCCCACCCCUUAGCCAGGAGAGAACAAAGUAGGCCCCCUGUUCAAGCCCAGCUACCCCGAGGGUGCCUUAGCUCCUCCUUUGACCCCUCCUGCAGACCCAGCUCAGCUUGAUGGGGUGUGACAACUGCAAUUAGAGGCAAGCCGCCUGCUGCCCUCAGAGCAUUAAGAGCAAAUUGAAGAAGAAAAAUAACAAGAGAAGCUCUUCUGCCUGCAGUCUAGACCCCCAGAGGACUGAGAGGAGGACGGGAGAGCUCAAGGGAUAGGCAUGGGAAGUAACAGUAACAGUGGGAAGGGUCGCUGCAAGUUCCCAUGAAGUUAAAUGACAGAUGGUCUUUUUGUUUUGUUUUUUUUUAAAGUGGGAUUUUUUUUUUUUUAAUCUGUAGCUUUUUGCCAGGCAAUGUGCCUAUCGAUUUCAAAACAAUUAAUCAAUGGGGUCAAAGGGUCCUGGCAUGCAAGAUGCCCCCAUCAGGCUGCUCCAAAAGGAAAGCAGUUUCCAGCUCAAAUCCACGGGCAUCAGGCCUAUCUACUUUGGCCUGGUGUUUGUCAGCGGGGCUCACUCUUUCUGGUCAAGCAGGUCCUUGUCCAUUCUGUCUCCGUUGAACUUUCUGUCUCUGGUGAAGGAUGAUCAGUGAGCUGCCUCUGAUGGCUGCUGCAGUGUGUGUGGAGGAGGAACAUGUGAAAACCCCAUAUCCUGACUCCUGAAGGGUGGCACACUCAACAAAUCAGUCAAGAGGGCACGGACUGUGAUGGCAUGGGAAGCCAACUCACUGCUUCAUCAUCCAUGGGCAACUCGCUUGUUUUGUGGACUAGUCAUAGUUCACAUCAUUUAAAUCAACUAACACGACAGCCUCCUCGCUUGUCUGGGCACUGUAACAGAAGGUGAGAACUCAGCGAAGGGAAAGAAACCAGCUGCUGGCCUCCAUUGCUACCAAGGCACACAAAGAAAUGCAGUUCACCACCACCUGGCUAGAAAAGAGUCAAGGGACCAAUACAAAACAAUUCGGAAGUAAUUUUGGCUUCUAAGAUAAUCCACAGGUGUCAGGCACCUUUGCCGUUUUUAUUUUUCUUUGCCUCUUUUAUUUUUUUUUCUUCUUUAUACUUUUAUUUUUUUAAUUUUUUUUUUGUUUGCUACACCCAGGAAAUGGUUGCUCAUUUUACCAGAAUAGGCUCAGAGAAGUUAGCUCUUUCAAGGCCACAGAAUACAAAGCUGGGAUUGAAUCAAUUUGUAAUCGACUUCCAAUCUUGUGUUCAUGCUACCUGGCAAACUGUCCAUAUUUGCUCCGCAGCCAGACCAACAAUAACAUUUGUCUCCUGAGAUUAUCCAUGUCUCUUCAUGAUUGACAAGUGGCAUGCUCAUUACCCAUUGGAGGAGUUUUGCCUGGGUCUCAAAGAGGCUGAUAGAACAUCCCAACUACUACGUCGUCAUGCUUGGCUGAUGAAACCUUACGGUGACUCAACCUCAUAUAACUUUUACCUUUCUGUCCGCAUCCUUGGCUCUUGCUGAGACAGUGAUAGAGAGUAUUCUACUGAAGUGGAGAACAGAAAUGCUCUGGCCUUGGUGCUGUGGCCUGCGGGGCCACAUGGCGGGGAUGGAGAUAGUGAAAAUAGGCAGAGAGAAACUGACAGCUUAAUUCUGCCUCUUGGGCUCAUUUUAUGGUUAAUUAGGACAAGUAAAUAAGCUGGAAGCUCAUUUAAUACCUUCCUGGCAUCGAGACCUGCCCCACACCUGACCUAAGUCCUUGGUAGGCCUCUAGUUGGCCUAAGCAUCUUCUCAGGGAUCUACCUGCCUCUCUGCACCCCUGUCUGUGGUCAGUCUGUUAGUCAGUCUGUAGAUAUUCUCCAACCGCAGCAUCUACUGGACGAUCCCCUCCCUGCAGGCCACAGUUGGUACAGCCUGCCAGAUCUCCGUUUUCUCUUUACUGGUAUAAUCUCUUUCUUCUCUCCGUGCUCUUCUGUAGCCUACCCUCAGGAUGAUCUCUAACCCAAACUAAUCCUGAGGAACAGACACUUAGCUCGGUUUCACCUACUAUGCUCACCUGUUCCCAGAGUCUCCAUAGGAGAGGGCCCUUUCUUUUUCAAGUCACCCCAAUAUUCUCUGCAGGAUAAAAUCAAGAGUCCAACCUGUCUGUGGAACUGGGGCCUGUCUGCAGCUUCCUUGGAGAAGUGUCCACUCACCUCAGGUGAUCUCUCCAGCCAGGACACUUUGGUGUUUUGCCCAGCACCAGUAUUUUCAUGAAUUCCUGAUCUGGAGUCAAAUAGAUAGGAAUCAAGACCUGGGCCUUUUACGUGGGAGCCUGAGCAUGUGGCCUGACCUGCUGGAGGCUCCUCUGCUCUUGUAUGAAACAGAAAUGCUGUCAGGCACACAGCACAACACACCAGUAGUGAAAAACACUGUUCCCAACACACAGGUUUCACAGAAAAGGCACUACCCACCCAUCUCCCGCCUAAGCAUGGACAAAGCUGAAAAUAAACAGUGCUUACUGGUGUUCUAAAGAGUA